CGAUGCUGAAAGUGAUGUACCUCAGUCUGGGAUGUUUCGAGUCUCUACAGAUGUUUUGACGUUUGCAAUAAGAGACGACUUACUUCAGAUUAGGCUGGAAAGCAGGGAACACUAUGUUUUUGAGUCUACCAGUGCUGUUAACAUCUGUCUGGUGAUAGAAAAUGGUGCGGAUGAGGAUUGUCCAAUAAAUGCUUCUCUCUACUACCGUGUUCACAUAUCUGGUGGAAAUGCAAGUGCAGUUGAAGACUACCAGGCACCACUAAAUGUUUUUACACCAUGUAAAGAAAGAAGCUGCUUUCAAAUUGAUAUUUUGGACUCAUCCCCUGUUCCUGAAGAUGUUGAAUAUUUCGAGUUUAGUCUGAGUCUCCUGAAUGAUGCAUCCCAGUAUGCAGAACUGGUGGACACAGUAGGAAGAGUCUUCAUCAUACCAAAGCCUACAGUCAAUCUUAUAGCAACAUCAUUUAGUGGCAGUGAAGCAAAUGAGAAAGUUACAGUCUGUGCUUCUCUCUCCAACUAUGACACCCGCUAUAAUAUCAGCGUAUUGAUUAAUGUGGUUCCUACUCUUUGGGAAAAUCCUCAAACUGCAGAUUAUGAUGAUUUCAGCAACGAAACCUUAGAGAUGAGGUUUAAUUCAAAUGAGGCAUGUGUUGAUGUCAAACUCUUUGAUGAUGACGUGGUUGAACUACGCUAUGGAUAUUUUCGGGAGAGUUUUCGAGUCACACUUGAAUCACCAGACAACAAUGUUCGGUUAGGAGAAGUAGUAUCAGCACGGGUUGGUAUCAUUGAUGACGAUUAUAUUUGGGUUGAAGUAGAUCGUGACUUGACAAACUCCACUGUACGAGAGGGAAUCAGUGGUCCAGCUAGAGUGUGUGCUAGUGUAGUGAAUCCUCUUGACCCCGUCUGCCCCAUUCAAUUUGAUACUUAUAUUUCCUUCGUUUCUAGAAGUGGCAGUGCAGCAUCUCCUGGAGAUUUCAGGGCAAUAUCCAUAAUCACGGCAAUCAAACAGUGUGAUCAUACAGUGUGUGUGGACAUGGUCUAUCAUGAUGACAAUAUAGUGGAAACGGACGAGGUGUUUCAGGUGUAUGUUACAAAUACUCCAGGCCUACAUCCAGGCAUCAGAGUUGAUCGGACCAGAUAUGGCAUAACAAUUGUGGAUAAUGAUGUUGUCACCAUUGGUCCUGACCCUCUCAAUAUUAAUGUUAAUGAGUCGGUGGGUGUGGUUGAAGUUUGCAUUGUUGCAGAAGAUGGGUUUGAUGAGGACUGUCCAGUAGGUUUUCCUUUUAAUCUGACACUACAAAUCAGUGAAGAUUAUACUGAAAAUCUGGUGUUUGAAGAGUGUGAUGAAUUAGAUCGAUGCCUUGUGCUGUCAAUAAUUGAUGAUGAUCGGGUUGAAGAAGAUGAACAACUGGGCAUUAUUCUGAAGAACACACGUGAGAGGGAAAAUGUUUUACUCAGGAAUGGUACUCUCACCGUCAUCGACGAUGAUGCUGCAGUUCCUCCACUGGAGGUGGCGUUCAUCGAGGACUCUCCUCUUGUCCAGGGAGACUCUGUGGAGGCCCACAUCCUUCUCUCACGACCUGUCCAGUCUCUUGUCUGCAGACUCAAGGGAGGAUCCUUCAGAACUGAGAAAAACUGCUCCAGUGGUCAUGUGGUGUUCUCUGGACUGAGUCCUGCUCUCUACACUCUGAGAGUAGUGGCCACGAAUGAUAGAAAUGACAAAGCUUUCAUUAAGACCCGUUUCGAGAUCACAGAUGACACGGAGCGCUGUACUCUCCACCUCAUCAAUGGUGGAGUGAGUGUGAGUGGAAACAGUGCCACAGUAGAGUUCACUGGGAGGGGACCUGCCCACGGCUACCUCUGUUACCUGGACAAGAUGGAGCCCUACCAGUGUAUGCCACCAUCUGUGUAG